AUGUAUUGCUGUGGACUGGGACACUGGCGGAGAGUGCAGUCCACCUAUGGAGAGCGUCACGAUUUGGACUUCGUGGAGGAGAGAAAUGCCCAGGUGCAGCUGGAGAAGGCCAAGUACCGGCCUGUUGCAUUCGCCGUUCGUUGCAACUUCUCUUACACUCCAGCAGACGACGACAACGUCCCCGUGCCGGGCCAGGCCGUCACCUUCGAGUCCAGAGACUUCCUGCACGUCAAAGAGAAGUUUAACAAUGAAUGGUGGAUCGGCCGGCCGGUGAAGGAGGAUGGUGUGGUGGGCUUCGUCCCCAGUCCAGUCAACCUGGAAACCAUCCUCAUCAGAAGAGAAGUGCAGGCGAGGAAGGCUGCCAAGGCCUUAGCCAAUAAAGCAGCUGCUCAACCCGCUCAAGAUAUGAACUCAAAGAAAUACACUCCUCCCUCACAAGCCAAUCAGCAAGUGAAAAAGAAACCGGGGGAGCAGACGGCUAUGUAUGAUGUAGUGCCUACAAUGCGUCCUGUGGUUCUAAUGGGACCAUCACUGAAGGGCUUAGAGGUAACAGAUAUGAUGCAAAAAGCUCUAUUUGACUUUUUAAAACAUCGAUUUGAAGGCAGAAUCAGUAUCACACGAGUCACAGCAGACAUCUCUCUGGCUAAACGCUCCAUCCUCAACAACCCCGGCAAAAAGGCCUUAAUGGACCGGUCCAACACCCGCUCCCAUUUAGAUGCUGCCGCUCAGAUCCAGGGCGAGGUGGAGCGUAUCUUCGAGCUGGCACGCAGCCUGCAGCUGGUGAUUCUGGAUGCAGACACAGUCAAUCAUCCUCUCCAGGUGGCUAAGACCUCCCUGGCUCCAAUCCUCGUCUACCUCAAGAUCUCCUCACCGAAAGUGUUGACCCGACUGAUCAAGACGAGAGGGAAGUCUCAGACCAAACAUCUUAACGUUCAGAUGGUGGCAGCAGACAAGCUCGCCCAGUGUCCGCCUGAAAUGUUUGACGUCAUCUUAGAUGAAAACCAGCUAACAGAUGCAUGUGAGCACAUUGCUGAUUAUCUGGAGUCUUACUGGAGAGCCACUCAUCCACCAGAAAUGGAGGCUGCCAACUCACUGGUGGCCCAGCUGGCCGAGAAUACACUGCCCACCAAUCCUACAGGAAUGCCGGAUGAGCAGAAGAACAAAAAGUCAGCGGCCCCUAAGAGGAAGGGUACCCGUGAGAACCACCUAGACCCCGACCCCCCUUCAGCCCAGGCCCAGGAGCAGAGGGUGGAGGUGGGCCAAAAAGAGGAGGAGGAGCGGCUCCUUAAGAAUGACCCAAAGAAACCCCAGCACACCCACCACCAUCACCACCACCACCACCGCCGGAUGGAGAACCACAGUAACACCCAGCACAGCCAGACACCCGGUGGCAUGGAGGUACAGCCGAGUAGGGAUUCCAGCCAGAGGCCCCCCCGCAGGCCCCUGCACGAGGAGAGGGAGGAGGGGGCGGAGGAUCUGGUGGAGGAGGACAAGGAGGAGGCCCGCUACAACCACCGGGGCCACAACCACCAGCAUCAUAACAGCAACCACCAGCAUCACCACCACCACCAUCAGCAUCACCGUGGCAACAGUCAGCCACACGUCGAAGAGGACUAUGAGCAGGAGCACAAUGAACGCAACCGGCAGAACAGGCAUCACCAGCACAUUCCACCGCGGACGCACAACGCGGAGCACUAUCCCGUACACAAUCAACACAACUACCAUCAUCACCACGGCAGAGACAGAGAUAGAGACAAAGAGAGAGAUAGAGAAAGGCACAAGGACAGGGAAAGAGACAGAGAUAGGGAUCGAGGUAGAGACAGAGACGGAAGACAAUGGCACAAAGAUUCUAACACACACUCCUGA